AUGAAAAGAGCUCCAGGAGCAGCAUGGCAGCAGGAACGGCGGGGGGGGCGGCCGUUCGCCCCGCCGGCGGACACGCUGGAGCGGUACCCGGACACCCUGUUGGGCAGCUCGGAGCGGGACUUCUUCUUCCAUGAGGAGAGCAGCGAGUACUUCUUCGACCGCGACCCUGACAUCUUCCGACACAUCCUCAACUUUUACCGAACCGGGAAGCUGCACUACCCGCGGCAGGAGUGCAUCUCCGCCUACGACGAAGAGCUGGCCUUCUUCGGCAUCAUCCCGGAGAUCAUCGGGGACUGCUGCUAUGAGGAAUACAAGGACCGGCGGCGGGAGAACCAGGAGCGGAUCCAGGAUGAUGAGGAGACAGACCAGACCAACGAGCUGGUCUCCGCGGACAUGAGUUUCCGGGAGUCAAUGUGGCGGGCCUUUGAGAACCCGCACACCUCCACCAUGGCGCUGGUCUUCUACUAUGUCACCGGUUUCUUCAUCGCCGUGUCGGUGCUCGCCAACGUGGUGGAGACGGUCCCGUGCGGCACCGCGCCGAACCGCGUCAAGGAAGUGUCAUGCGGUGAGCGGUACGAGCUGGCAUUUUUCUGUCUGGACACCGCGUGCGUCAUGAUCUUCACGGUGGAGUAUUUGCUGCGCCUGCUGGCUGCGCCUAGCCGCUUCAAGUUUGUGAAGAGCGUGAUGAGCAUCAUCGACGUGGUGGCCAUCAUGCCCUACUACAUCGGCCUCGUUAUGAGGGACAAUGAGGACGUGAGCGGCGCCUUCGUCACCCUGCGUGUCUUCAGGGUGUUUCGGAUUUUCAAAUUCUCGCGGCACUCUGUUGGACUUCGCAUCCUGGGCUACACGCUAAAGAGCUGCGCGUCGGAGCUCGGCUUCCUGCUCUUCUCCCUCACUAUGGCCAUCAUCAUCUUCGCCACCGUCAUGUUCUACGCAGAGAAAGGAUCCAGCGGUAGCAAGUUCACCAGCAUCCCGGCCGCCUUCUGGUACACCAUCGUCACCAUGACGACGCUGGGAUAUGGCGACAUGGUACCGAGGACCAUCAUGGGGAAGAUCUUUGGCUCAAUCUGCUCUCUGAGUGGCGUGCUGGUCAUUGCCCUGCCUGUCCCCGUCAUCGUCUCCAACUUCAGCCGCAUCUACCACCAGAGCCAGAGAGCUGAGAAGAGACGUGCACAGAAGGUGUCCAAGAAGGCAGGGCAAGCACUGUUGUGUAGGAAGACAGGCCCCACCUUUGAGGUGCUGCAUCAUCACCUCCUGCACUGCCUGGAGAAGACCACGAACCACGAGUUUGUGGAUGAGAAGACAUAUGAGGCGAGCUGCAGGGAGAUGACUCUGGUCAAGCAGGUGUCUCGCUCUUCCUCCACCUCCUCCUCACCUCGCAGCCUCACCUCCUGCUGCACCCGCAAGAAGAGGAAGACCUUCAACGUCUCAAACUCCAACAUGUCUGUGGGUCUGCAGGGCGGCAUCCAGGAGCUCAGCACCAUCCAGAUAAGGGAGAGGCCGAUCGCCAACAGUCGGUCCAGUCUGAAUGCCAGAUUCGAGGAGACUGUUCCUCUAAACUGUGACCAGCCCUACAUCACUGCCGCCAUCAUCAGCAUGCCCACGCCGCCUGGCACCACGCCAGAAGGCGACAACUCAGCCAGCUCCACUGACUACUCCCAGGCCAACAUCGUCCGGGUCUCAGCGCUCUAGACACAACCACCACAGGCCACUCAGCAGGAGGAUGCCGCGGCUUCAGGGUUCGACAGCCCAGUUCAUGUGUCCAUGCUGGAAGUGACAGGUUGGCUCACAGCUCUUCACUUGCGAGCACAUUGAAACUUACCUACCCCCAGCGUGGGCUGCAAAUUUUCUGCAUUUUCUGUCAAACUUAAGAGUGAAACUGUAGCACUGUGGCUGAUGUCCAUCUCUCUCCGAGACAGCGAAAUCAUGACCAACACGGUGCUGACGAGGUCUGCAAAACUGGUAUAGAUUUCUUAACUCUGAAUGCGUUGUAAAGAAGAGGUCUGUGACGCAGUAGGUGCUGCACUGUGCACCGUCUCACCAGACUCACAGGAGGAAACACAGACCAGUUUGAGCUCUACUAAGCCUAGCUUAACACAAAGAGUGGGAGCAGGGCAAACUGCUGGGGCGCUACAUCUGACUGUCUCUUUCUGCCUGUGUGAAAUAAGAUAAAUACAACAUGUACAAAAUAAAGUGCACGUAAAAUUAGACAAAAUAGACUACAUCUCAUACAGUAGAGUCAGUAAAUAUAUUUACAACAGAGAAAAUUAAAGAGAACCCAAGUCCCUGCCAUCAGUCAGUAUUUUAGGGAUGACAGCCUCAGUCUGUCUGUGCGUGAGCGAAGCGCCCUGUAGCGCCAGCCUGAUGUGGGUUUUUUUAAACCUUUUGAGGCUUUGAAAGAAACCAUAGCUGACCUGAGGCUAACUUCAUGAAUAUAAUAUGUAACUAUAAAACUGGGGCUUGUCUUCAUAUU